AGAUCUUUAAAAUUUUCUACAAAUUGGUAAGAAUAAUUCAACGCACAGAAUGUCGCCACCAAAUUUGAUGUUGAAGAUUAUAGUGUUUGUCCACUUCAUGCUGUCUAUGUGGGCAGCACAAUCUCCAGCGUUUCUACCAGUUAGUUAUGUUUAUAUGAAUAUUUUUAUUUUAUCAUUUGGAAUCAUCGCCAUCUUUUACACUGAAUCUAGUGAUGCAGUUUUAUUGUUUAUUGUAAGUUUACUAAUCAGUGUUAUACAAGAUAUAAUUUUCCUGGGAAUUUACGAACCCAGGGGUCAAGAUCUAGUCAGAAAUUCAUCAACAGGUAUUUUGAGUGAAUUUAGAUUUUCACUUGGUAUGUGUAUAUUGAAUUUAAUAAUCAAGCCAGUCACGAUAUUUUUGUUGUAUAGAAUAUUAUUGAGCCGGACUCGAGAUUAUGAUAAUUUUAUACCUGGUAUUCCCAAUGUUCCAGGGUUUGGUUCAGGGCAGAGCAGUGGUCACCAGGGGCCCUAUGAAAGUAUUGACAACCCGUCCCCUUACCGUGGUCCAGUAGAUUCCCCUCCCGAUUACCAAGCCAGCGAAAAAUCAGCCUCAGCGACCUCUCCUUAAUUUUGUUUGACUCUUUUAUUUCCUGGUAUGUUUUCAACAAUACGUAAUAAUUGUGUUCCUUUUUUCCAUCUUAUUUUAAAAUAAGAUUAAAAUUUCUUUUCUAUCCCAUAGUUUUCCAUUGAUAUUAAGAAACAAGUCCUACAUUUUGAUUGGUUAAAGUAACAUCAUUAGAACAAAAGUAUGAUAGAAAACUUGUUAGAUUACAAUGGAGAACAAAAAUAUCAGAAAAAAAGAAAUUAAAUUUUAAUCUUAGUUUAAUUAGGUUCCUUCAUUCAACAGUUCAAAGGUAAAGCCAAGUCUUACCAACAGGCCUGCAUGUACCCCCUUCCAUCUCCCUUUGGGCAGGUUGGGAACCAGGGAUCUAUAUGCAGCUAGGCUUGGCUCUAUCUUACUGUUGAAUUGAUUAAGAUUUUGUUUACAUGUUUAAGUUAUAUUUUGGGGAGGUUUUUUGUGCACCAAUUUCACCUUAAAAUUUUUUAGAUUCCCACCGUUUUUUUUUUGUGUUUGUUAAAAGGUUAAGGGAUUACUGCAAAAUACCUGGUACUUCAUUGCAUUCCAUUCCAUUUAGCCUUUAAUAGUAUAUUUGCUUGAUUAUUCUGUAUCUAAGAUAAUUUGAUACCUCAUUUGAAGAUCAUUGGGUGUUGGAACUGGCAGAAUUGGAACAAUCAAUCACCAUGCAAAGAUAUUUCUGCUGACUUUUAUUACUAUUCUAUUAUUAAUAUGCAAUAUAUUUUAAUUUUUAAUAUCUAUAGCAUCUUUAAUACUGAAAUAAUUGUGCAUUUUUUUUAUAUAAUGGCUAUAUUUACAUUCAAUGGCUUUUUUAUCAUUAUUAUCACCUAAAUAAAGUCAAAAUUAAU